UCUAUAUUUAUAUUUAAUGUUUUUGAACUAGAGAGAAUGCGAUGACCACAGAUUAAAGAGCACUAUCCAUGAAGAAAAGUUAUAUCUGAUCAUACAUUAACAGUUCCACAAGGCUUGGAGCACCAACCAUUUACGAUUUCAUAAAUGUCCAGGAACCUUUUCAUUCCUAUUUUAACCAUAAUCAAAAGCUGCAAAAGAGAUGGCUGCAACUAACCGGUUUUCAUCUCUUCAAAAGCCUUGUAAAUGGGUGAAGGGUAAAGUUAUUGGAUCUGGGGCACAUGGAACUGUUCAUUUAGCCAUCAAUAAGGUCACUGGUGAACUUUUUGUGGCAAAAAGUGCACUUUCUGGGGCUGAUAGUAAAUAUUUAGAGCAUGAGGCUGACAUUCUUGAGAGCUUGGAUUCGCCUUAUAUGAUUCGGUGUAUGGGGAAGGGCUGGCAAAAAGGGUCAGAUGGUGAUGCUGAACUUAAUGUUUUCAUAGAGUAUAUGGCUGGAGGGAGCCUGUCAGAUAUGGCUGAGAAAUUUGGUGGGGCACUAGAAGAGGAAGUAAUUCGUUUAUAUACCAAACAGAUACUUAAUGGUUUGAAGUAUCUUCAUGAAAAUGGGAUCGUUCAUUGUGAUCUCAAGUGCAAGAAUGUGCUCCUAGGCUUGUCAGGAAACAUUAAGUUAGCAGAUUUCGGAUGUGCUAAGAGGCUGAAAGACCUGGAUAGAAAUGGAAAGUUCGCCUAUUCCUGGCAAUCUGUAGGGGGGACCCCAUUGUGGAUGGCCCCUGAAGUUUUAAGAGAGGAAGGCUUGGAUUUUGCUUCAGAUAUUUGGUCCUUGGGAUGCGCAGUUAUUGAAAUGGCAACUGGGAGGCCUCCUUGGGGUUAUAAGGCAUCGAAUCCAAUGGCGGUUGUAUUGAAGAUCGCAUGUAGCAACGAGAGGCCUAAUUUUCCAGUUCAUUUCUCUGAAGAAGGGAUGGAUUUCUUGGCUAAAUGUCUCGAGAGGAAUCCCGAGAGUAGGUGGACAGCAGAAGAAUUGCUGGAUCACCCUUUUAUUACAGGAAAUUCGCAGAAGAAAUACGUAUGCUCUCCUGCAAGUGUUCUGGACAAUAUUGGAACUUACAAGGAGGAUUAUGAUUCAGAUGAAUCAGGGAAUCCUGAUAAACACCUGCGUUGGAAUCCUUUUUCGAUGAGGAAUUGCGGAAAACCAAAAAUAAUAGCAAUGAGGCAGCAUGCUGACAAUGAUUUUGUAUCCUCGGGAGAUUGGAUUACUGUUAGAUCAGGUUGAAAGAAAUGUGAUUUAAUUUCUGAUCCAUGUCUUGUAAGAUAUUCAGAACUAGGAAGAUGUACAUGUAAGAAUAAAAUACAUUGGCUGUACAUUACUUACUUAUCUUUCUUUUACAGAUCUUGUCUAAAAUCAAAUCGUAUGAUACUACUACUCUUAGCACUCUAUUUUAUGCUUUUAGCAGA